ACUUUCACAUGACUGCCACUACUUGUGACUGACCCGCAUUCCUCAAUUGGCACGAUCCCUGUCAGAUCGACUGCUUUUAGCGGCGAAUAGGACAUAAACAGUGGAUGAAAACACUAUCUACCGCUGCCGUGCUCUGAUACUUGAUACAUAUUUCCGGUAACUGUACCAAACAUCUGGUAGUCUGCGGUGCGUCGAAGGAUUUGAAACAUCUCACUCGGAGUCGAAGCUAAAAUAUUGCAUUCUCAGUCUGUGGGGUAGGACAUACAUGGAUACAAGAUAACUGAUGACUGUGCGACAUCUGGCUUUUUCUGGUCUUAGUGUCGGUGAUGGCUGAGCUUGUGCCGCCAGACUCCAGAAGGUGUAAUUAUUUCUUCCUCUAUGAUGGAUCCAAAGUCAAAGGCGAGGGUGAUGCUACAAGAGAGGGAAUCUGCUACUUCUACCCUGAAGAGACCCCUUUAGAUAAGCAGGAGCUGAUCUGUGGUCAGCUGGCUGGCGCAGGCCGCUGUGUCUCUGAGCUUUCCGCCUCUCCUGUGCGCAUACUGAGGCUGCGCCGCAACAAGUUCGCCAUCCGUAUGAAAGAUGACUUCUUUUGGGCUCUGGGCUGCUCAGUGGAAGUCCCCACCGUCAGUGCCUGUGAACUCCUGGAUCAGCUGAUCAACCUCUUCUGUUUCUACAAUGGCUCUGUCCGACAGAGCUACCAGCUUUCCAGUCAGGAGACUCUGGCUGCUCGAUGGGCUCAGUACCUCUCACACCUGCAGUCAGGAUCCUCGGAGCUUCAGCACAUUUUCAGCUGCUUGAGAUCCAUUGACUUGACUAAUGUUGACCCGCUUCUCCUGCUCAAAGCUGCCCUCAUUCUCCAGGCCUGUCAGCGCUGCCCUCUAGUGUUAGCCGGCUGCGUUCUCUUCAGAGGAAGAGUUGUAAGCACACAGAUGUCUCCAGAGCUCACAAUGAAGGUGAUGGUUCAUGAGAGUGAAACGUACACAAAGGCCCCGAGUACCUUCAGCUCGUUUGGCGGUGCUGUCAGCUCCACUACUGUGUUCCUGACCAUGUCUGAACUUCAGUACCUGCAAUCUGCCCCCGUCGACAAAAGUUUCAGUUCCCAUCGUACUCCACACAAAAACACCCCCAAAAAGAAGACCCGCCUGUCAAGAACGUUAUCUGACAUUUCCUCCACUGAGUCAGAGCCGUCUGAUACAGGUUCCUCCCAGUCUCCCCUGAAGGGGUCCUUCAGCCCUCACUUGUCAACAGCGUUUAGCCCAGAUCUACUCAACCCCCAACCACAGCCGCUCCAGCCUUCUUUCCCAAAUGGAAAACACUCGCCUGAAGCUGAAGCGGAAGCUCUGGAAGAGUCAAAUUAUUACAGUUUUCACAGCAACAAAGGUGGAGUCAGCCAGUUGCAUAACAAAGGAGACAGCUCACUCUUUGAAGAAAACUCUUAUCUAAACGGAGGCCGAGGAGAUGGAGACGCAGCUUGUGGGGCAGUGUUUGACUUCAGAGGGGCUGAGGAUACAGUCUUUACAACAGAGGCCAGCAGAGGUGGCUGUGAGAGAGUUCAGGGCCGCCAGGCAGAGAUACCAGAUCCUCCCCCUGGCUCUGGUGCUUCUGACAGCCCAGAGGAGUGUCCACUGGUUCCCAUGACGCUGUACCUGCACCGGGUCAAGGGCUUGGUGCUGGCUCUGCUGGUGGAGCCGCACUUCUUGAAUGAUACAGCAUCUAUGGAGGAAGUGUAUCACAGCAGCCUGGCGUCACUUAACGGACUGGAGGCCCAUCUGAGGACCAUCUGUCCAAGGGCCCCGGAUGCUCCAGGGCCCUACAUCUUUGCCCACUUUGACUGCAUUCAGAGCACGCUGACAACCAACCUGUCUGGUCGACCAGGGGGAGCCCCAGAGCGUCCUUUUGUGAGAGCCACAUCACUUCUUCACUCGCAUUUCUGUAACACUGAAACUCUGCAGGAGGCUAUUAUCAGGAGUGCUGGAGCUGCAGUGUAUGGAAGCCGCAGCGUGGCCCAGGAAACUUACUUCCAGCAGCACGGGGGAUCGCUGAGGAACUCUGGCAUUCCCAACCACCAGGACAGUGCUUUCUUGUUGCCCAGCAAGGCCCGACACAGACUGCUUAAGCACGGGGUUAAUCUGCUCUGACGGGACAGCGUCGUGUUCAACAGGAGCUCUGUUCUGUUUAGAUAUGAAAAGCUGCCCUGUGAGUAACCUAAAAACAUAUUGAGAAUAUGAUUGAAAGCUUUCUGUUUAGUCGCUGCUGUGGUUUACUUGUUCCCACAGCAGCUUGUAUGAUCUCAUGCUGUGCUAUGAAACCUUAUGGCACUCUCAUUCAUAGCAGAACUUAGCUUUUUUUCCAUUAUUAUUUUUUAUCAAAAGUUGAACAGAAAGGAUGGUUGGUAAAAGUUAUGUAGACUAAGUUUAGUUUACAUUGAGGUUUUAGUCAUAGUUUGUUAUUGCUGAGCUUGUUUAAGGUCAGUUUGUCCCCAUUUUAAUUCUGUUUCUCAAACACAUAACCUACAUUACCACACAUUAACCUCCUGUUCACACACUGAACACAUUUUGCAACCUUACACUUUCCAAAUAUUUUUCAUUCAUUCAUUUCCCCCAAUGCAACAAUUGUUAUAAUUGCUCUUACUUAUUUAUUCAUUUAAAAUGCAAUUUAGACUAAAGCCUCAUUACAUCUUAAUACUAUUUAACUUAGUCUGUUUGUACAGAAUCAUGCCUUUACUUGCUGCACACACUGCAAAACAUUGGUAUAUUUACAACAUUUUGAAUAGUUUACAAAAAUUCUAUUUAUUUUAAAUCAAAUCUUUAAUAGCAUAACGUGUUAUUUAUCUAUUUGGCUAAUACAUUUACAGUUUUUUUAUUGAAAGUUUGAUUUGUUCAAAAAAAAAAGUCUGUAUUCUGAAGUUUGCUGAGAAGAGCUGUUGUGAAUUAUUAGUGGGAAAUAAAUGAAUCCAUGAUCCUCUCA